AUGGAGCUAAUGGUAGUUACUUUGAUUAUUGGCUUCCUGUUGAGUUUGUUGUUUCUAGCCCCUCGAUUCAUCAAAUCCGAUCAAACCAAGAAAGUUCAAUCAGAUACUAACAUCAAGACUUUAAAAUCAUACAACAAGGCUGCGGUUUCCUUGCAUAACAAAAGGACAGAUUGCUGGAUCAUCAUCAAAGAGAAGGUAUAUGAUGUUACCCCUUAUGUGGAGGAACAUCCUGGUGGUGAUGCAAUUUUGGCUCAUGCUGGUGAUGACUCAACUGAAGGAUUUUUUGGGCCACAACAUGCAACCCGAGUAUUUGAUAUGAUUGAGGACUUCUACAUUGGGGAGUUAGAGAAGUGA